AUGAAUUAAAGUAAAGUUGGCUUCAACAAUAGGAAAUAUCAAUGUAUAAAUACUGGUUAAAGGAUAUCACUCCUUGUUGACAUUUUAAUAGAGGGCCUAUCAAUAAAACAAGCUGCAAAGAAGAAUAAUAUUAAAUUCUCUUCGGCCAAAGUAAUUCUUAAGCUUUUCAAACAUGAGGGACGUAUUGGGAAGGUGAAAGAAAAUUAGUUAACUUAAGCUGAAAAUGGUUUAUAAUUACAACAAUAAUCUUAAUUAAUCAACGAAAAUAUGUAAUAAUGCAAGAAUCUAUUGAAAUAAAUAGAAGAUUGUAAAGCUAGAAACAAUUAACUGCAGUAGGAGCUGACUAUUUAUUAAUAAAUUAAUAAUUAAUUUAAUUUAGAAUGA